AUGCCCGUCAAUCAAUUUGUUGCCAAGUCACAUGUUCUUCAUCGUGCCUUGGCAUAUGAACCACAGAAGAUUGUGUCAGGCUCGGGCAUCUCGUUUAUUCUAGAAUCCGGGCAAGUUGUCUAUGAUGCCUCUGCUGGACCAUCCGUCUCCGUCUUAGGACAUCAUCAGCCCGAGGUGACAAAGGCCAUCGUCGACCAACUUGACAAGAUCGCCUACGUCUAUUCUGGAAGUCGGUAUACUUGCGAUGCUGCUGAGUCUCUGGCCGCCGAACUCUUGAAAGAUGCCCCUGGAGGCCUGGUCAAGGCCAUUUUUGUCAACUCUGGUAGCGAAGCAACGGAUGCGGCCCUAAAAUUGGCAACACAAUACUUUUGCGAAGUCGGACAGCCCAAACGAAUCAACUUUAUUGCUAGGAAGCAAAGUUAUCACGGCAACACCCUCGGUGCGCUGAGCGUCUCUGGCCACGAAUCGCGUCGUGCAUAUUACCGCCCCUGGAUAGCUAAUAAUGUCAGCUUUGUUGAUCCAUGUUAUAGCUACAGGGCAAAAGGAGAAUUCGAAACCGACGCUCAAUAUGUUGAGAGAUUGAAGUUACAGCUAGAGGACGAAUUCUUGCGCUUAGGCCCGGAUACUGUUGCAGCAUUUGUGGCCGAGACGGUCAGCGGUACAACACUUGGAUGCGUGCCCCCGGUAUCUGGAUAUUUCAAGGCAGUUCGCGAAAUCUGCGAUAAAUACGGAGCUUUGUUGAUACUUGAUGAGAUCAUGUGCGGUAUGGGAAAGACAGGCACGAUGCAUGCCUGGGAGCAGGAAGGUAUCAGAGGGCCAGACAUUCAGAUGAUUGGAAAAGCAUUAGGAGGAGGUUUCGUCCCCCUGUCUGGUGUCUUGUUGAAUCAAAAAGUCUUUGAUGGCCUAGCUGGGGGCAGCAGGGUGCUCGCUCACGGCCAUACUUUUCAAGCUCACCCAACAGCUUGCGCGGCGGCCCUCGCUGUCCAGAGAAUCAUCAAGCGGGAAAACAUCCUAGAUCAUGUCGCAAGUAUGGGCCGGUUUCUUGAGGCAGAGUUGAUCACAGAAAUUGGCCCUCUGGCACAUGUUGGAAAUAUACGUGGAAGAGGACUGUUCUGGGCUGUCGAGUUUAUGCGUGAUCCCGCUACCAAAAUUCCAUUCCCUGUUGAGCACAAUUUCUCGAGCCGCAUAGUGGAAGUUGCGGCAGAAUUGGGCCUCAAUGUUUUGGGAAAUUUGGGCAAGACUGGGAAGAUUGAUGUAGAACUAGUCAUCCUAGCGCCGCCAUACAUUGUUACAGAGGAGGAGAUCAAGGCCAUUGUUGCAAUUCUGAAGAAGGCGAUUCUUGCUGUGGCGGAGGAGCACGUCCUUCGCUACGGUAUCAACGGCUUUCACAAAUAG